AUGUCCAAUCCACUGAUAACGGUGCUGCCAACUACUCUUCUCGUUCCGUCUCAAGCAUAUGAAACCAUAGUUCAAGACAUGAGUGGUUGCAAGAUUAUUGCAGUGAAGGUCACAGGUGCUAUCGAAACCGAAAGCUUCCCAAAUGCAAUGUUCAAGGUUGCGAAAGGUUCUGGUAGUCAAGUUCACAAAUUCACUUUCGCAGACCUGCCUUGUCUCAACCCCUAUGACUGGAUCAUGCUUUACAAUUACUUCAAGAGGUGGGAAAUGGAUGUGGAAAUAACCGUUGUGCUAAGAAGGAAGCCCUUUGUUCAACCUAAAGAAGCUUCAAAUGGUUUUGAGAAGUUAAAACUUGGGAAGGUUUAUAAUGAAGGGUGGUAUGUGGUAUUUCAGGCAAGGGAACGAAAUGAUGCAGGUUUUCACAAGGUAUGUAUCAUUCUUCUUGACAAGCAUUUGUACACCACUACCUUCCUGGAAUAUAUUUUGGAAAUGGUCCAUAACUUCAAGGGUAAUAGCCAGGGAGACAAAAAAAUGUUUUUCUGA